AUGGCAAAAUCUACUAUUAAGAGAUCUGUCAAAAGGUCUGUCAAAAGAUCUGCCCCAGAACCGGUGAAAAGGACAAAGAAGGCUAGAAAGGAGGUGAAUAAGCUUGAUGAGGAUGAAAUAAAAUUGGAGAUUGAGGAGGAGGAUGAGGAGGAUGAUGAUUAUACAGAAAAAACUAACGAGGCUGUUGAGGAGAGUGACGAUGAGAUUGAUGAUGAGAUUGAUGAUGAGAUUGAUGAUGAGAUUGAUGAUGAGAUUGACGAUGAGACUGACAAUGAGGUUGACGAUGAGGUUGAAGAUGAUGUACUUCCAAUAGAUCCAAAAGAAUCUGUGAGUACCAAAAAAUCCAUACACACCAUCAUCAAGCCAAAACAGACAAAAAAAUCAAUAGGCGCAAAGCAAAGCGGUAAACGUGGAGUGAUAUAUGUGGGAAGAAUCCCUCAUGGUUUCUACGAGAAUGAACUUAGAAAGUAUUUUUCUCAAUUCGGUGAUAUCACUAGACUUCGACUUUCGAGAAAUAAAAAGACAGGAAACUCUAAGCAUUAUGCAUUUAUUGAAUUCACGAGCUCGGAGGUGGCAGAAGUGGCUGCAAAGACAAUGAACAACUAUCUAUUGUUCAACCAUGUUCUAUCUUGUUCUGUAAUUCCUCCAGAACGAAUUCACGAUGAACUAUUCGUCGGAGCCAAUAUGAAGUUUAAAACGGUUCCGUGGUCCGAGAUCAAUCAGAAAAAGAACGAUGCACCAAAGACAGAGGAACAAUGGGAGGAGAUUGAGAAGACUGCAGAGAAGAAUAGGCAUGAAAAAGAGCAAAAGUUGAAAGAUGCAGGAAUUGACUUUGAUUUGGAAAAGGUUUAG